AUGGCGACUCGCCGGGGAGAUCGCGAUGCCGGACGGCUCAUACUCACGAACGCGACCCCGUUCUUGUGGAAGAGGAGCCUGAAGACUCCGAAAGGCAUGAGGCUUUGGUCUUUUCCCGAAGAGGUCGACGCUGGUGAAAGCGUGGAGGUCGAAAUUGCUUUCUCCAGAACAACCAACGUGCACGGACAAGCCAGUUACCAGAUGGAGCUCGAGGACGGCCAGAGCGGUCCCGGAAACCCUACGUUCACCGUUUCGGCCACCGUGAACGGCCUGAGCGUGGAGCUGCCGGCGGAGAUGCGGAAGCCCGGGUGGUUUGCCGUGCCGCCGGCGCCGCACAAGGUGGCCGACACCGGGUGGCAAAAGGGAUGCGCUGUCAGUUUCACGAUCGGAUCUCUGGGAGGACAUCACGCGAGCCUUCGAGGCGGACACACGCCUCGGACCUUCCAGGGGGUCAAGAUGGCGUCGCUGAGGGGCGCGGCUUCCUUUGGCGGCAACGGCAACAGGGAGGGCCGCGGAGCUGGAGAGGGGGACUGGACGACGGAGUGGAUGAAGACUUACGCCUCCGCUCUGGCUAACCUGAAGCUUUCGGAGAUGAGCCUUCCGGGGACGCACGACUCCGGAACGGCUAAGAUGCACAACCCGGUCGUGAGUCCCUGGGCCACGACCCAAAACCUGGGCGUUCUGGCCCAGCUCAAGGCCGGCGUCCGCGUCCUCGACCUCCGGUGCGGCUACGUGGGCCGAGAAGCCCAGAAGAACGACAGGGUGCAGGACGGCAUCGCCGUGGUGCACGACAAGCACAGGACCUCUCUGAGCCUCCGGAAGGCGCUCGAGUGCAUCAAGGGCUUCGUCCAGGCGCACCCCAGUGAACUCGUUCUCCUGGACUUUCAUCGCUUCCCGGGCCUUGGGCACGGCGCCCCGCACGAGAAGGCGGCCGCGGUAGUGCUGAGCGUCCUCGGCGGGGAAGAGCCGGUGAUGGUCCACCCCAAGUUCCGCCACUUGCCCUUCGGGCGGAUCAUGAGCCAGCAGAAGGGGAGGGUUGGCAUCUUGUGGAACGCCGUUGAGGCGAGGGAGCCGCACUUCUGGCCGGGCGUGAGGCAGGCCUGGACCGGGGCGGAGAGCGUUCGGUCCCUCCACGACUUGGCGGAGGCUGAGCUCGGCGACAAGAACGGGCUGCUUUGGUCGCUGCCGCUGGUCCUGCCGGCGGGGGUGCCCCGGCCGGUGCCCCACAUCCCAGAACACUUGGACGACUGGCUUUCUGCUGGCGGGGUGUGGCAAGACCACGCGAGCAUUGUUGCGUGCGACUUCGUCGAGGAGACGCAGCUCGUUCGCAACUGCGUCGGCGCAUGUCUCAUGAAGAUGGCCAGGGCUAAUGCUGAAGGCGACGCGGCCGCCCACGCCGGCGGCGGCAAGCAUGGCGGCGCGGCCGCGUGUGAAAAUACGACCCCCGCAAGACGUGAUGCAUGCCGCACGCAUACAGCUGUCAUCUGACGAAAAAGGAGUGUUACGUUUGAGCCCAACAAUGGGCUGUCUCGGCACGUGUUAAAAAAUUAGAAACCGCCCGGUGUAGAGUAGUACGUGGACAUGCUGUGCAUAAAACGGUUGGGGCCAUGGCGAUACAUGUUCACAGAGCAAAUAGAGCCUCUGGGUGUGUCUCUGUGUUGCGAUCGGUAGACAGCUUCCACAAGAUCUUUGCACAGUAGUUUUUGGAAGCUUUCUUGUGUGUGUGUGUAAGAGCCCGACAUAUCAAUAUUUUAUCCAGAGCUGGGUCCCGGGAGAGUGUCCCUUUCUUUUGCUCUAGGUGAUGGCUCUCCAAUCCCCAACGUUUCCCUUCAAGCGUGUGUAGUCACUACAUAUAUAGUUGUAUGGGGAUUGCGGGUUAGGGAGAACGAUGCUUGCGACGUAGCAGGGGGCGGUUACAUUUUUCUUGUCGCUCGCGAACACCCGUUGCCAACACCCGUUGCCGCUUCAAGGUGCGGGUUCCGAAGCCGCCCUCUCUCCUGCUAACGGUUGAACUCGGACAAACGUUGAGCAAUAGUGAAAUCCUGUAGCGCAACGGGUGCGCUAGCUGCCCUAGUGUAUGUAAGACGUGGCAGCGAUCGCGAUUAUUUUGGUGGGCGUUUCUUUAUUCUGGGUUCAUACAGACGACGCGCACAAACCCGAAGGUCACGAGCCGAGUUUGGCGACAAGCAAUCUCAACGUCGAUGCUGCUUGAAAGGGUUGGCGCUGGGUGCGCUGUUUCGGGUUGAGCGUUUACCCCCGUCUCGCCCCCUGCCUGCAUGACUUGCGUACUAACGACGUCAUUUAGAGUUUUCAUUCCAGUGUUUCGCAGACUUCGGGUGCGUAGAACAUCUCCACAGUGCAGUGGUUAGGCACCCUUUCGACUAGGUGAUUAGAAACUUUGUGCUACCCGCAUGUGCGGUUGUUUUUUUGUCUCCUGGUUUCAAUGGUUUUCACCCCUUUAUUCGAUGUCUCUUUCGUUUCCUAUCUCGAGUCCUGUUACACAGUUAUCUUAUUUUAGUCUACCUAUGUAUUAUAUGACACCCUUUUUGCUGUAACUUUCUUUGUAGGAAGAUGAAGGCUGGCUUUGAGACGUGUAUUCUUGUUUUUUUCCUCAGGCUUUCGCGAAUUCAAGUAUGCCGUACUGGGGUGCAGCUUCCAACGCGAUAUUGUUAGUCAAAUAAUUACGAAUAUACGUGUGGCGGGAUGGCUUGCUGAGGAAUAUUCGUAGGGGCUGAAUGGAGGGCACUGGCUUCGGGGAAAAUAUCACUGCUCUUGUCGAGCGCACAUCCC